UCGUCUCUCUUGCUCUCUGUGAAUUUCAAAUGGAGGCAGCUUCUUCUUCCAUUAUUUCCCCUCAUAGAAUUUCAUUUCUUAACAUUUCUGCCCUAAAAUGCAGACAGAAUUCCAUGCCUAGAAACUUAAUUCCAGCAGCGAAUUUCAUGGAGAAAGGGCCAAAGAGGGCUUCUCUCGGCUGCAUUCGAGCUCAAAAGUCUGACUCCAAGGAUGUGUCUGCUAUACUUUCAACAAUCAGUGAUUCUGAUGUGAAUCCUAUUGAAAUUAAGGAGUGGGAAUUCGGGAGAAUGCAAGAAGAAGUACUUGCUAGCCAGGGAAUUAGAAUUAGAAGGCGGCCACCAACGGGACCUCCUUUGCACUAUGUAGGCCCCUUCGAGUUCCGCCUACAGAAUGAAGGCAACACUCCUCGCAACAUUCUAGAGGAAAUAGUAUGGAACAAGGAUGUGGAAGUUUCGCAGUUAAAAGAGCGAAAGCCUUUGUUGUCAUUGAAAAAAGCUCUUGAGGAUGCUCCUCCUGCAAGAGAUUUUGUUGGAGCUUUGAAGGCAGCCCAUUUGCGAACUGGUAUGCCAGCUUUAAUAGCUGAAGUGAAGAAGGCUUCUCCAAGCAGAGGAGUGUUGCGAGAGGAUUUUGAUCCGGUUCAAAUUGCUCAAGCUUAUGAAAAAGGUGGAGCGGCAUGCCUUAGCGUUUUGACAGAUUCAAAAUACUUCCAGGGAAGCUUUGGAAAUCUGGAGGCAAUACGCAAUGCUGGAGUAAAGUGCCCUCUUCUUUGCAAAGAAUUCAUCAUCGAUGCAUGGCAAAUCUUCUAUGCUCGAACAAAAGGCGCUGAUGCAAUCCUCUUAAUUGCUGCUGUGUUGCCUGAUCUUGACAUCAAAUACAUGACUAAGAUCUGCAAAAUACUUGGCCUGGCAACGCUAGUUGAGGUGCACAAUGAGAGGGAAAUGGACCGUGUAUUGGGAAUAGAUGGAAUCCAACUAAUUGGUAUAAAUAACCGUGACCUCGAAACGUUCAAAGUUGAUACCAGCAACACAAAGAAGCUUCUUGAGGGGGAGCGUGGCCAAGCUAUCCGUGAAAGAGACAUAAUCGUGGUCGGGGAAUCCGGGCUGUUUACACCUGAUGACAUUGCUUAUGUUCAAGAAGCUGGAGUUAAAGCGGUUUUGGUCGGGGAAUCGCUUGUGAAACAGAGCGAUCCUGGAAAAGGAAUUGAAGGACUUUUCGGUAAAGAUAUUUCUGUUUGACCUUAAAGAUCGAUCGUCAUCGUUUUUUUUUUAUUUUUAUUUUAAAGAUGAGUUUACCUGAUAUGAAUAAAUCCGGCACAUUAUUAUGUAUUUUUAACUCGUAUAAAAAGCCAGUAAUUUUCAAAUUACAGUUCUGCAACUCA